AUGAAACAUAGUGGAGUUCUUGCAUUAAUACUUAGAAAAUUGUUGGUGUAUCUCUUGAUAAUGUUUUCUAUAGCAAAAUCUGAGAACCAAACCAUCGUACCAGCGGCAGGCUUGCUAUGCAUGACUGACUGCGAUACAUGUCCUGUCGUAUGCUCACCACCACCAGGGAAUUCAAAGCUGCCGCCACCGCUGCCAGCACACCACCACUCACCGCCAGCUGCACCUCCUCCACCACCAACUUCUAUUUUGUGGGGCGGACUGCAUAAUUAUUCAAAUCCUUACUCCUACUACUACUACUAUGCUUCAAAAGCUUCUUUCUUCUCUUCCUCUCCGUCCUUUGUUGCUGCUGUUCUUUCGAGUUUCGUACUACUUUUGUAG